AUGGCACCCAACAUAUUGCUAGAAAGCCUCCGAGACUCCCAAUCCCCAUCCAUACAAAAAUUCGCACAAACGAACUACAUCCUCAAACCCCUCGGACACGGCGGCUGGGCCACGGUGUACGCAUCCCUCCCCCGAGACCUCGCUGACGGCAUCCUACAGAACUUCACAAAAUCUCAGAAAACCCCCGAAAAUCUGCAAAAAGCUCUCAAGGAACUUGCCCAAGCGCUUCAGGCAGUCAAGAUCGCCCACGAUCCCGCUCCGGAGAGGGAGAGGAGUCCCGCCCUGCAGCGCAAUCUGACCUCCGAAAUCGACCACCUCAAACAUAUCCGCGCCCUAGGCCCCGCGAAGAACUUAUCCGAGAUGCUGGAUCACGACGACGACGACAACGACCGAAAUCAAAAUCGGAAAGCUUGUCGUUGGUGGUAUACCCUGAAACCCCUGAACGGCGGCACACUGACAGAAUUCCUCGAACGGGGCUACUUCCCCCAAGUGCAAGCUGAUUUCCAGCUUCUCUACCCACCGCUUUCAUUCGCGUGGCACACCGUCGCCCAGUUGCUGGAAGCUCUCUGCCUGUUCCAUUUCGGCACGAACGAGACAGACGCCCGGCGAUUCCACGGCGACGUCACGGCGGCGAAUCUCAUGUUCCAUCGCCCGGCGGACCCGCACGCACCCUUCAGGGACUACCCGAACGCGUACAUCACGGACUUCGGAGCGGCAGAGGCGGUCCAUCUGGACGUUGCCCCGCCCCGAGAGGCGGAGAAUCUCUUCCUGAAACAGCGAAAAGACAUCGUGAAUGCCAUCUUCCACUGCCAGAGACUCGUGACGCCCGAAAAACGCGACGCAUUUUUCCAAAAAGAAAUGGAAAAUCUCAAUCGUGCUGCUUACCGCGCGUCAGAAAGCGAUGUUCUCAAGGCGAGAGUGACGCGUCUCGUCCGGAGUGCGAAAAAGAAGCGGGACGAGGUCUACGAGCCGCUGUCCGAACGCACGGUGAGUUACUUCUCGCGUCCUCUGGUGACGAACGACGAGUUUCUGGGCAUGUUCGAGGAACUGAACAAGAAGCCUCGAGUUCCAUAUUGCGUGAUCUUGUAA